AUGCCGAGGGCAGCUGCUACCCACUGCUCGCUGCCAACCGCCAGCCACGUGCCCACGCGCCCCCGCUUGGCGGCCGACUGUCAGAGCCAGCGACUCGGAAAGUUAGACAGGCCCAGGCGGCACGGCACGCAUGGCCCGGUGCUGCACUCAAGGACUUGUCCGUCGCUGCUGCCCACGACAUCUGUGCUGGCCACAAGUAUUGGUUGGUUUCCGAGUUUCUACAUUACAUCUCACCUUGGUGUCCAGAUGAAAACAGUAGCGACAGCAGCUGCCGUGGCGCUGCUGAUGGCGCUGGCGUCGUCGCCAACGGACGCGCAGAGGCUGCCGGGAGAGAGUUUGCCUCGCUCCUACAAGGUCACGUUCGCGCCUAACCUCAACGAGGGGGAACAACCGUUCAGAUUUUACGGCUCUACCUUCAUAGAGGUGGAAGUUGUGCGCGACACGCCCACACUCACGAUGCACGCAGACGUCGACAUAGUGACUGUGUCCGUCAUGUUGACCAAUGGUACCCUCAUCGGCGCCAGUCACGAACCGCUGCAGGACGGCAGCAACUUCCUCGUCAUCACCCUCCAAGAGCAGGUUUUUGCCGGUGACCGAUUGACUGUGGUCCUCGAAUUCGUUGGUGAUGUUCGUGAGCGGUACAACGGCUUCUACCGCAGCUCGUACGAGCAAGAUGGAGAGACCAGGUGGCUGGGAGUGACGCAGUUCGAGCGGAGGGGGGCGCGAAAGGCCAUGCCAUGUUACGACGAGCCGGCCAUCAAGGCAACCUGGGAGUUUACCUUCCGCCCACAGCAAGGUUACAACGUGCUUUUCAACACUCCACUGAUCAGCGCCACUGACGACGAAGAUGGAAGGCGCACCCUGACCUUCGAGCAGACGCCGGUGAUGAGCGCCUUCCUGCUAGCUUGGGUCGUGUCCGACUUCGUAGGCGUGCAGUCGCCGCUGGAGUCCAACACGACUGUCUGGACGAGCAGGGACACGGCGGCACAGGCAGAGUACGCCAGUGUGAUUGGGCCACGCACCGUCCGCUCCAUGGAGCAGCUGGUGCGUGUUCCGUACAACCACGGCAACCUCACCAAGAUGGACCACGUCGCUGUGCCGGACACAUUCGUUGCCGCCAUGGAGAACUGGGGGCUGAUCACUUACAAUCAGCAGUUCCUGCUGGCCCUGGACAACUACACCUCGGAGGCGACUAAGGAACGGGUGCUGACCUCCAUCCAGCACGAGGUGGCUCAUCAGUGGUUCGGUGACCUGGUCAGCCCCAACUGGUGGUCCGUGCUUUGGCUUAGUGAAGGUUUAGCCACGUUCUUCGAAAGCUUUGCUUCUGCACUCUUGGAGCCCACGUGGCGAAUCGAUGAAGCGUUCGUGGUUUCAACCUUGCUUAGGCAAGCGAUUGCCUACGAUGAAGAUCCUUCUGCAGCACCCAUCACCAGCGAGGAUGCUGGCAUCAACAUCUAUUAUAAAGACACAAAUACGGACCUUACGUGCAUAAACGACACUACUGCUCACAGCCAGUUCAGCAACGCCACGGAUGACAUCCUAUUUGCGGCGAUGGACGCGGUGGCGUCCUCGUCGGACCUGCCUUCCGACGCGACUGUGUCAUCAGUGAUGCUGCCGUGGGCGCGGCAGGCCGGCUUCCCCCUCAUCACCGUCACCAGGAACUACUCGGACGGCUCCGCUGUCGUCACGCAGAACCGUUGGCUGGUGCCUGCUGGUCCCAGCGACGAGACGACGUGGACGGUGCCCGUGACGUACACGUCCAAGUCGGAGGCCGCCUUCUCCACCAGCACGAGGCUGUGGCUGACCGACACGACGGCGCGGCUGGACAACGUCGCCGACGCCGCAGCAGACGACUGGGUCAUCUUCAACCUCAACGUCGUUGGGUUUUACCGAGUGCAGUACGACACAGACAACUGGGCUCUGCUGGUGCAGCAGCUCCUGAGCGACCACGAGGUGAUCCCGCCCGUCAACCGCGCUCUGCUGCUGGACGAUGCGAGGGCGCUGGUGGAGGCCGACCUGCUGCCCCUCGACACGCUUCUCAACCUGACGUCCUACCUAGCGCAGGAGAUGGACUACAUACCCUGGCUCGAAGCCGAAACCGUGCUCAGCGAACUGUCGUCGAUUAUAGAUUCUGGCGAAUUCGACUUUUCAAGAGUUAAGACUAUGCAAGACGUGUUCAGGAGAUUGUUGGCAACGACAGACCCCUACGUUUCUUCCUUACGCAAAUCUUCGCCGAAGAAACUGAAGAGUUUGUCGCCAGAAGCCGUUGCCCUCUUAGUUCCUGUGGCGGAAGACUAUGAAGAUUCAGAUGCAGAUGCAGGUAAUGAGGAAACAGUGUUUGAGGAUGAUGACGAUUCAGUUGAAGCAGAAGAUGAAAAAGAAUAA